AUGUCUGAUACUGAUGAGAUGACCAUCAAUCUUCUCUUGGUUGGAAGGACGCAAAGUGGAAAAAGUGCUUCUGGGAAUAGCCUUCUGGGCAGCUUUGACUUUGACAGCCAUCUAUCCCCAAGAUCCGUGACCACAGGCUGCAGUCUUGGAUGCAGCUGCCGCAUCUCAGGCUUCACACGCCGAAAUGGCCAUGAGCUAGCCCUGCGGGUUCACGUGAUGGACACUCCAGGGUAUCCUCACAGCAGCCUGAGCAAAGAAGAGGUGCAGCAAGUGGUGAAGGCAGCUCUGGCACAGCACUUUGGAGAUGAGGGCCUUCACCUAGCACUCUUGGUCCUGAGAGCUGACUUGCCUCUUUGUGAGGAAGAAAGUCACACAAUUCAGCUAGUCCAGGAACUUCUGGGUCCCACAUGGAAAAACUUCACUGCAAUUCUAUUUACACAUGCAGACAAGGUAAAAGAGGCAGGAUUAAAUGGAGACGAAUACUUGCAUAUUGCCUCUGAUACCCUGUUAAACCUUUUGAGCUCAAUACAACAGAGAUACAUUUUUGUAGACAACCAGGCAAACACACUCCAAGAGGAAAGAAAAACAAUCUUAAGAAAAAUCAUGGAAUUUAUAAGACAAAAUAGUUACCAGGUGCUUCUAGUUAAAUAAAUGGAUGGUGACAAAUACAAAUUAUCUCUC